UCAAAUACGACCUGAAAGAAAUGUGACUUUUUAAUUUAACGUUUUGAAAUUGGGCCUCUGUCUCUUUUAGAAACUCCUGCUCUUUCUGAAACUCUGCCUCCAGAAAGUCAUAACAUUGCUCCUUUUAACAUUUUUUCCAGCUAUGAGAAUUAUUGACUGAAGCAGCUGCGCAGCUCCACCAGGUGUUUGCUAAUUGCUGCUGGCUAGUCUGAAGGAGCAGAGUGGAGGAGUCAGGAGUGGCUGCUCUGUGAGGCGGAAGCUCCGAGGAGGAGCUGCAUACUCGAAGGCGGUUACUGUAGUUAGCAUAACCUCAGUAAUUAAUCAUAAUAAAUUAAUUUUUAGCAUUUGUAAUUAUUGCAAUUAAAAAUGAGUUAAUAUUGCGCUGAUACUCCAACUUGCUACACAACAUUUCUGGUUUAAACCAGCGUGUCACCCGAUCAGACCAGCUGUUCAAACGUUCGCGUCACCAAGCAGGUGAGUCGGGUAUUGAAAACUCGCCCCGCCAGCAGCCAGACGUUUGGUAUUUUGUUCAGGCGUGUACCGCACACUGUGUUCAUUUUGUUUGUUUGUUUUUUUUCUUCUUCCCCCCCGCCCCCAGAGAAGGCGGUGCAACAGUCUCAGAAUAAUCAGUUUACACCUUCCCAUCAGGUUUUUAUGCCAGCUAACUGAUUUUAUCUGUUUGCCUGCUUUCAGUUCUAAGUGACAACAAGAAAUGGCACAAGAAGUGAACUCUACUUUAAUAAGACACAUUCUGUUUAUUACCUGGAACAUUAUUGUUUGCUUCAGUUUGUUGCCGCUCAUAAAGUCCUGAAAGGAUCCGGUGUUCAGAUUGUGGGAUGAUUGUAAGCUCUGGAUUGAUUUUUGCUUUUUAAAGACUGCGUUGAUCCUUUACCCUUUUGAACAUGGCAGGAGGAUCAGCAGCUGACUUGGGACCUACAGCUGUUGUCAAGGUUUUUUCAGCUGGAACAGCUGGCUGCGUGGCUGACCUGGUCACCUUCCCGUUGGACACCGCCAAAGUACGACUGCAGGUCCAAGGAGAAUCGAAGGCCCUCCCAAAAGGCCAGAAGGCGACGUACAGAGGUGUAUUUGGCACCAUCAUCACCAUUGUGAGGACCGAGGGGCCGAGGAAUCUGUACAACGGGCUCCUGGCCGGGCUGCACCGACAGAUGUGCUUCGCCUCCGUCCGGAUCGGUCUGUACGACACCAUGAAGCAGCUCUACGCCCACGGAGCAGAGAAUCCUGGACUGGGGACCCGACUGCUGGCGGGCUCCACCACCGGAGCGAUGGCGGUGGCUUUUGCUCAGCCCACCGAUGUUGUGAAGGUCAGGUUCCAGGCUCAGGUCCACCAGCCGGAGAACGGAUCCGUCAAGAGGUACAGCAGCACCACCGAGGCCUACAGGACCAUCGCCAGGGUGGAGGGCCUCAAAGGGCUCUGGAAAGGGUGUCUGCUGAACAUAGCUCGUAACGCUAUUGUGAACUGCUCUGAGCUGGUGACGUAUGACAUCAUUAAAGAGCAGAUCCUGAAGAACAAACUGAUGACAGGUUUCUGCACCACCGUGGUGGCCUCUCCGGUGGACGUGGUGAAAACCCGCUUCAUGAACUCCGUGCCCGGGCAGUACGGCGGCGCCGCCAACUGCGCUCUGACCAUGCUGCUUAGAGAGGGGCCCUCGGCUUUUUACAAAGGGUGGGUGUCGUCGUUGAAAACCAGGGCAGAUCCAGUCCAGCAGCUGAUUUUUCUCAAUCUUUCCUUGCAGCUUCAUGCCGUCGUUCCUUCGCCUGGGGUCCUGGAACAUAGUGAUGUUUGUCAGCUACGAGCAGAUUCAGAGGGUCGUGGUAAGAUUUCAGCGGCGUCUCGCUUCAGAACGGUUUGACUGAGCGAAGCUGUGCAGCGGGAUCUGCUGCAGCGUUGAUAGUGAACGGUCGAUCCGGACCUGGUACCUCACCAGAGAAGGCAAGCUGCAGGUUUGAUUGGUGAUUAUUAUUUUAGGUCAUA